CUAUAAUAGCAAUCAGAGAUUAAAGAUGACUGUUGCGUCAUUGACUCAUCUUAUGAUUAAGAAAGAUCCGAGUUCUAACAAGUGUCCGUUAAAGGUUUCGUUAGUUGGCAUUACUCAAGAACCAGUGAAGGAAGUUAAUGACGAGAAUGCUAUGAUUAGAAUGUUGGUAAAGGAUUAUGUUGGGCAUUUGGAAGUCAUUCAAGAUGACUUAUAUGUCUAUGCCAUUGAGACUUCUUAUAUCGAUACUUACUUUACGGAUAGAAGAAGAGUUUCCAAUGUUAGUGAAGAUUCGUCUAAAGUGUUUGCAAUCGAUAAUAGUGAUAAGAGUGAAGAAACAAAUCAGUCUGUUAUUGAUUUGUCAAUCUCUGACUCUUGUUCGUCUAAGCGUAUUAAGUUAGAAAAUGAAGAGAUUAAACCCGUUAGUUCUGACGUUACUAAAGAUAGACAUAUGGUUGAACAAGAUAAUAAGUGUGUAGAUGAAAAUAAUGUGUUGGAAAAAAAUAUUAUCAGUGAAAACAAGGGAAGGGGACAUGGUC